AUGGAACUAAAGGAAGAGGAAAUCAAGAAAUUUCGAGAUGAGAAGUCGGUGCUCCAAGGACGUCUCGAGUUCUGCUCUAAGAAAUUAGCGACGUUAGAAGAAGAUAUUGCUGAGGGCAAUAACACCAUCAACAAACUGUUUGCAGUGAGUUUCAAUUUGGAAAUUUCAUCUUUUUUGUUCCCUGUGAUUCAUCAGAAAAAAAAAACAAGUAGUUUGUUACUUUGAUCUUCAAACGAAUUUUGUCUCAUUACAGAAGGAAAACGUUGUCAAGGAGUUCCAUGAGAUAGGAAAGAUGCUCUACACGAAAAAGGAAGGAAAAGCAAAAGAGCUUCCAGCAGGAGCCGAAGGAAAGCUGGAUCCCGCAGUUGCUACAGUCGAAAAAUCCACGACGGAUCAAGCAGAAAACUCAGCGACGCAAAAAUCCAGAGCGCACAAGAAGGCAGAGGAGCUUGACUCCACAGUUGCCGAAACAGAGCCUGAUGCACAAAUUGAGGCACUGGAAGAUCCCGCAGAAGCUGAAAAGUCAGAAGAGGUACGAACAUUGAGAAAAGUUGGAGUUUGUCAAUUUGGUUAUAUGGAAAGCAAAAAAACGCAUGUUACACUUAAAUUUACAUUUUCCCAAAAAUGCCACAUUUCCGUCAUCUGUAGAUGGUCGUUCGAACAAAUUUUUGCAGAUCGCGGCAGCCGCUGAGGAGUUUUGCUUCCUGCGACAACGCGUGCAGAACACACUGGUUCACCUAAACCUCGCAGUAGAGAGAAAGCAGUUUUGGACAAAUCAACAGCCACACGGCGACGACGACCAAGAAAAUAUCGAUUUCAAUCGUAAGAGCUGGACAGUGACUGUUGAAGGAUUCUGUGACGAGCUGAUCGCCACUUGUGACCGAGUCGACACUUUCUUGGCCGCGAAUCGCCCCUUUCUAGUUAGUUCUGUUCAUCACCUUUUGAAAUGACCUUUUAUUUCCAGACGUUACAUGAUUACCGGGGUUUGCUUGUUGAACGAUGCAUUGCUGAGAAUCGAGUGAAACAAGUUUCCGAAAAGCAAAUCUAUCGUCCGAGUGUGCAGCUCUUCCAAAUCUCCGACUUCGAACCCGAUACUACGUUCAUUUCGGUAAACUUGUUUUUAAUCCCAAACUUUGAAGCGCGAAAAAAAAUUUCGAAUUUCAAUUUCGAAUACUUGAAAUCGACCAAACACACCAUAAAAAUUGAAAAAAUUGAAACAAUUUUAGACAUCUCAAUAAAAAAAAACCUGAAAAAAACUUUUUUUCUCUGAAACAAGUUUUUCGGUUGCAGGAAGCUUCCUACGAAAUAAGACAUGACGGCUCGGAAUCAUUUGUGAAUAAUGGCAGAGAUAACGAAGAAAAGGUACGGAAAAAAAAAAACGAAAAUCUGAUUUUCUCUGCAAAUUAAGAUUGCGAUCCCAUAACAAAAAAUCACAAAACUUCUUGUUACAGAUGCGAGAAAACACAGGAUCCCUCAAUACUACGGAAAAUCAGGUCGAGGAAAAUGAGACCGAGCCCGUUUCGACCAGUAACAAAACGGACAAAGAAGAAUCAGAGGUACAGAAACAAAAAAAAAACCGCUACCAUUUCAACUAGAGAACAUUCAAAUCAACUUUUUCCUUAUGAAAAAAAUCUUUCGAAUUAAAAAUAGCAACAAAUUAUCCUUAUCUGAUUAUUCUUAGCUUACGAACUCAGAAAAUUAACUGAAAGUGAGUUAAACCACAAUGUUUGGGGCCUUUUGAACUCAACACACAAAAAUUUUUUUAUCUGCCAAACCAAAAAUGAUGGAAAGCUUUAUUAAAUUAUCACUCAUUUUUUGGUUUUACCUACUCGAUGAAUUUUUUUCCAGAAAGCUGCAAACGAAGCACAGAACGUCAAGAAGCACAUCUACAAUAUCAUGAAAGAUUUUCAUUUUGUCCAAAGAAGGACAGCCUUUUUGAAGAAGCAGUUAGCCGGUCUCCCUAAAAAGACGUCGAAUAUUUAUAAGAAUAUCAAAAACCGAAACUUGCGCAAUCGUGUACUGGCAUGGACAGAAUAUGAAAUUGAUAUCGAGGCAAGCUUGAACUAUGCUCUUCAGUACGCAAACACAUUUUCGAUCGAGAAUAGCAAGAAGCUCGUCAGUUUCUUUUUCUUCUUUCCGCCAAGUUUUUUUUUGAUUGCAGAGUAGAAACAGCCGACGUUGCUUUGACAAGUGCAUUCAUGACGCCUUCAAAUUAAUCCUUGAAAACAAUUGGAAGCAAGUGAAAACGGCGCCCCUGACUGACAUCUCCAGAUUCUGGCAGGUACAGCUCAAAAAAUAUCAUGAAGGGAUAAAACGAAACAAUAUGAAAAUUUGAAAAAUCUAGAUAUUUACGAUUUAGAGUACUCAAACUUCAUGAAAAAGGCGCUCUUUGUAAUUUUCUAAACGGUUUUGGGCGGUCAGUGUUGCUUUUGUUCCACUUAUUCAAAACUACUUUCACAUUUUUUCAACCUUUUGCAAACCUGAAAAUAGAUUCGAAAUGACGUUUCGAUAAAUGUCGGGCCAACACGUUUUGAGUUCAUUUGAACGGACUGUGAAGUUUUCUUUGGUUCUAAUUUUAAAGUUGCAGGUCGGCUCCGGCCACGACUCCACUUUUCACAGCUCCGACGGGUGCCGCGAUUCCUUCUCCAACAGCUCCAACGUCCGCCAAGAUUCCGUCUCCAACAGCUCUGACGUCGACGUCACCGGCAAAGUUCGAUCUCUUUAUUAGAGUCUUUUUUAUUUUAAAAUUAGUUAGGCGCAAAACCUGAUUUUUGAAAAGAACUUAAGAAUUGAUAGUAAAAAUGUUCAAAUUCCCUGAUUUUCUCUGUUCAUUUUUUUUGCCCUUUCGCGCAUCUGAAAAGUUUUUUUCAGAAAAUAAUGGAAAGAAUCGGCAAUUCUCGCAUACACUUGUACCGUCUGGUGAAGGAUAUCGACGUUUUUCUGCAAGAAAGCAAAGAGAAUUUGGUUAGUUUUUAUUUUCUAUUACUGUUUUUUCAUGUAUUUCAUUGCAGGAUGAGAACGAAAAGCUCCGUCUAGAGAUACAGUGCCGCAAAGCCAAGAAGAUCUUGGAAAAUGCAGCUGAAACGCCAGUUGAACCCGCGGUGGAGCCAGAAACAGCCGGAGCCUCGAAGGUACAUUUUUCAAGUACGAAGUACACUCAGAUGAUUUCAAAGCCUUGAAGUGAAAGUAAAAAGGAUGAAACUUCAGAACUUCUUACUAUUAAUAUCAGUUUUUUUUUCACAAUACCGCAGUUUUUAUAAUACAAAAAUAAAAUUUUAAACGGUUUUCGGCUAUAGAUGAAAGCGGAAAACACUUCGUUGGGUAAGGAAUUCGAAUUUUUCAUCUCUUUCUCAUCAGGAUUAUAUGAGGCAUAUAAACCGUUCAGGGGUUUUUUCGAAACAAACUAUACUGACAAUAGAUUUCGAUUCAAUUGAUAGUCCUGAGUUGCAGAAUGUCUCGGGCCGCCAAUUGCGUCACAGCGCCUACGACAUCGAUUCUGACGGCGAAUUAAAAGCUGGCGACCCUUGGUAA